ACCAGAUGGCAGAACCGAAACGGGUGCCCGUGACUGUUCUCACCGGCUUCCUGGGCUCCGGGAAGACGACUCUGCUGAACCACAUCUUGCAAACGAAGCAUGGCAUGAAGUUUGCCAUCAUCGAGAAUGAAUUCGGCGAGGUCGGUGUGGAUGAGAAAGUCAUCAAGGAGGACUCAGAGGAGCAAGUCAUCGAAGUAAUGAACGGCUGCAUUUGCUGCACCGUGCGAGGGGAUCUAGUGAAGGUCUUGAAGAAGUUGCGCAGCAAGCUGGAUACUUUCGAUGGGGUUAUCAUCGAGACCACUGGAAUGGCAGACCCGGCACCAGUUGCUCAGACAUUCUUUGUUGACCCAGAGGUCCAGAAGAUCUAUCAUCUGGACGGGAUCGUCACUGUGGUUGACUGCAAGCAUGUGCUGGCGCAUCUGAAAGAGGAGAAGCCGGAAGGCGUGGAAAACGAGACGGUCGAGCAGAUCGCAUUCGCAGAUAGGAUCAUCCUCAACAAGACGGACCUGGUGGACGACGCCGCCUUGGAGGAGGUCGUAACCGAAGUGCAGAAGGUCAAUAAAGAUGCAGAGCUCAUUAAGGCCCAGCACAGCAAGGUGGAUCCGGCGAAGCUCCUCGGCAUCAACGCCUUCUCGCUGGACCGAGUUUUGGAAAUGGAUCCUGAGUUCAUGAACACGGACGGUGAACACCAGCACGACAACAGCAUCAGUUCCAUUAGCUGGAAGUUCGAAGGAGAGCUGAAUGUCAACAAGAUGGAGAUGUGGAUUAGCGAGAUGCUCCAGACCAAGGCUGCAGACAUGUUCCGUUACAAGGGCAUGCUGGCCGUGAAGGGAAUGGACACGAAAUACCUCUUCCAGGGUGUGCACAUGCUCUUCAAUGGUGGCUUCUCUGAGGACUACACGUGGAAAGAAGGUGAGACACGAGAGUGCCGCUUCGUUUUCAUCGGACGCAAUCUCGACAAGGCUUUGUUGGAACAGAAAUUCAUGGAGUGCAAGGUCACUUCUGAGGCCAGGUUCAAGGCGGGAGACCGGGUGGAGGCCAAUGUUCCAGGAGGCUGGAAGAAAGCGAAGAUCAUGAGAGUAUGGGAUGAGGGCAACCCAUAUCGCAUCCAGCUGGAUGAUGGCACUCAGGUGUGGGCGCCGGAUGAUUCGGAUAACUUCGUGCGGGCUCUGCCUCAGAACGGGGGCCUUUGUGGCGCCGUGGCUGUUGGCCGCCAGCGUCGCAGGCUGCGCGCGCUGCCCUUCGGCAUCUCUGUGGUGGGCACAGGCUCCGCAGCUCCAGAAACGGUCGUCUCCAAUGACGAUCUGGCGGAGAUCGUGGAGACCAGCGACGAAUGGAUCUCGCAACGCACUGGGAUUAGGAGAAGACAUGUCCUGGCCCCCGACGAGUCGCUAGCGUCGCUGUCUACAAAAGCUGCGAGCAGAGCUCUGGAAGCUGCGAAGAUGUCGCCCGAAGACGUCGACCUGGUGAUCCAUGCCACCUCUACACCGGACGAUCUUUUUGGAACCGGCCCCCAGGUGGCAUCCAUGUUGGGUGCAGACAACGCGGUAGCCUUCGAUCUGACGGCAGCCUGUUCAGGUUUCGUUUUCGCGUUAACAACCGCAGCGCAGUAUGUGCGCUCGGGCUCUUUCAAAUCUGCAGUUGUGAUUGGCGCGGACUGCUUAUCCCGCUGGGUCGACUGGUCUGACCGAAACACCUGCGUCCUCUUCGGCGACGGCGCUGGCGCCAUGGUAAUCACUGCAACGGACGCAGAGAAGGAUGCCUUGCUCGGCUUUCGCAUGGGCAGCGAUGGCAACGGAGCUUGCCACCUGGGCUUGAAUGCCGAGGCAGAUGGCGUGUCCCUAGGCGCAGGCAAGGAGGGCGGAAACGGAAGAUACCGCAAGGUGACCAUGAACGGCAAAGAAGUCUUCCGUUUUGCGACCAGCAGAGCCCCAGAGACGCUCUCCAAGCUCAUGGAAGAGCACAACAUCAGUGGCGAAGAGGUCGACUGGCUGCUCCUGCACCAGGCAAACCGCCGGAUCAUGGAUUCUGCAGCUCGUCGCCUGAAGUUGCCGAAGGAGAAGAUCUUGUGCAACCUGGAUGAGUACGGCAACACUUCGGCCGCCUCCAUCCCGCUGGCCUUGGACGAGGCGGUCAAGGAAGGCAAAGUUCAGCCAGGACAGCUCGUGGCUUGCUGUGGCUUUGGAGCGGGGUUGACUUGGGGAGGCGGACGCUUGCUUGUGCCACUGCGAUCGCACUCCGAAAUGGGGCAGUCCAGCUUUCUACAGGAAGCUGACCCACAGUCUGAACUGCACCUGGGGACCUAG